AUGGCUCUUGUGUGGUCAUACCAUUGUAACAUCCAUUCACAUAGGGCAUUCCAUGAGGUUUUUGCCUCAUGGUCUGUGGCCUUGGAGGGUUUACAACUUGGGUUGCAGCAGUGGGGUUGCAUGAACAAGUUGUUACUAAAUUCUGCUGGACAGUUUGGAAACCCAAAUGCAGAAUCCAACAAGUCUGAAGAAUCAAUCUUACAGAAAUUUGUCCUGAAGCCGCUGAAGGAAAUUUUCCAGCGUGUAGUUCUUGGAUUUUUGUUUUGGCAAGCAAAGCAACCAGCUCGCAUUGAAUCUGUAUUAAAGAGUGUGUAUAUAAAUACUUCCAAUGUGGAUAACUAUCUUGUAGAAUCAAUUACAAGACCAGCAGCUGAUCCCAAUGCUGGAGAAGUUUAUUACAGAUUAAUGACUCGGUUCAUGUUGAAUCAGAGCAAAUACACUUUAGAUAGUGCCUUAAGCCAACUGAGAUGCCCAUUGUUAUUGCUGUGGGAUGACUUAGAUCCAUGGGUUGGUCCUGCCAAGGCUAAUCGAAUCAAGGAGUUUUAUCCAAAUACUACUCUUGUGAACUUACAGGCUGGUCACUGCCCGCAUGAUGAAGUUCCAGGGCUUGUUAAUAAAGCUUUAAUUGAUUGGUUGUCGUCUGUAACACCACGAGCCUCUAUCCAGACACUGUAG